CCCCCGACAACAAAGAGGGUGCUUGUGUUUGCACGUAUUUGUGUACUAUAGGUGCAUUUGGAUCUGUUUGUGUCUUUGCAUGGAGAAUACGAGCAGUAUAAGAGACGGAGGACUCUGUUUGUGUAUCUCGAGUUUGUGGGGGGAAGGAUGAGUGGAGUUAUUGUGUCUCUUGGGAGUUGUUACAGAAGCUGAGAUAGAGAGAGUGACAGAAGAAAGCCCAGACUGGAAGUUCAGCAGGAGAAAAUGGGAUGAUGCUGAUUUCUGUAUAACAAGUAUUGUACCAUGGUUAUAGGCACCAGUAAAUUGGUUUUAUCCAAGGUAAUAAAGCAACUUUAAGACCAUCAAAAUCAACAGAUGUGAACUGGAGGCUUAUCCACUCCUGGAAUUUGGACCUCUUCACCUAAAACCAUUCCUCCAGUGCAGGAAUCGUGUCUCUUCACAUCUAGAUAUUAUGCUGUUUUGGCUACAGUGUUAAAAACUCCAGUGGAUUUUAAUGCCAAAACCUUUUCGAUAAAAAACCAAGUAUAUACAGAGUGAUGUCAGAACCAGCUUACCUCGCCUCCCCUGCUCCUACCAACCCCCCUCUCUGUGACUACAGUGACUGGUCUCCCUCGUUUUUCAUCAUCCCAUCUGUCUACCUGCUAGCAUUUCUGGUUGGUUGUCCUGGCAACAGCCUGGUGCUUUGGGCCUACCUGGACCGAGUGAAGGGGAGGAGGAGAAGGGACCGAAAGCCAGCAGGAGAUGGCCAGUUCUGCUGCAGCAACAUUUUUAGAAGCAGUCAGCAGCACAUUAACGACACUGGCAAAGUUCAAAGUUCAAACUGUGGAUUUUCCUCCAGGCAAAGCUACAGAACAUCCUCCCAUUCCUCCACCUCAUCCUCUUGCUCUCCCUCCAUCUCCCGUCCCUCUUGCUCGCUGACUGACUCUCUGAUUGCCAGUUUAGCUUUAGCUGACCUUUGUUUCCUUGUGACUCUUCCCCUUUGGGCCGUCUACACAGCGAUGGGCUACCACUGGCCUUUUGGGCAACCUCUCUGCCAGAUCAGCAGCUUCCUCACAGCUCUGAACAUGUAUGCCAGCGUGUUCAGCCUGAGCAUGCUAAGUGUAGAGCGCUACUGGGUUCUGACUAGGCACCGGCACUCCAGCCACCAUGCACCAAGGAGCUGCCCCAGCAAGGCUUUGUGGAUACUUGGAGGGAUGUGGGUGCUGGCGGGAGUACUGGCACUUCCCGGUUUGCUGCUGCGCUCUGUCCGGGAGGUGGAGCUUGACCCUGAACAUGAGGACGACUGGCAGCUGGAACCCGCUGAUUCCAGGUCUGUCUUCCUUUCUUGCCAGAUGGAUUACUCCAUGCUGACUGGAGCAGAGCUGGAGGAGGAAGAAAAAAACAGGACAGAGAUGUGGUGGGCUGCUGCAUUAAGUAUUAAAUCAACUCUUAUUGGCUUCCUGCUUCCUUUUGUCAUCUUACUGGUCUGCUACUGCUCACUGGUCCAACUACUCAGCAGACAUUUCGGACGGGGCCCUCGUCCUGACCGUAGACGGCAGCGCAGACUCCUCAGGGUCAUUGUCACGUUAGUGAUGGCAUUCUUCCUGUGCUGGCUGCCUCUCCAUGUCAAUAAAACUGUGUCCCUGCUGCUUGAGUUUGGAUUUGUCCCAUACUCCUGCUCUUUAGAUCAGAUAUUAUUGGCUGCUCAUCCAUAUGUCACCUGUUUAGCCUACCUCAACUCCUGCCUGAACCCUCUCCUCUACGCUGCCUGUGACCCAUCAUUUAGGAAGAGAUGCAAAGGAGCUUUCCUCGUGUUGUGCAGGAUGAAAAGAAAAGGAGCAAAGGGAAAGGAAGGGCACGAAGCUGGAGGAGUUGAAGAGAAAGGGGAGCAGAGCUCAGCUUUUCCCAUGAGGACACAGGAAGAAACAGCAGACAGGACAGAGGAGGAACAGGAGGGGGGAGUUAGGGAGAUGGGCGUUGCCACACCUGAAGAACUCAAGAAGUCAAGAUAUCAGGGUGCAAUGUUUUCUGACAAUUAAGUAACGCUAACCCUAUGUAAUGAACAGUGAAAAUAAAAUGGAAUGCAUGACAUUGUGUACGUAUGUCAGUAUUUUCAAAAUAAAUAUUAUCAUCAGAAGAAGGCAUGCAAUAUAUAUUCUGGUUUCUGAUGCUUUGUUUCCCACAGGAAAAAUUCCACCCAUUCCAUUAAGACUCCAUGCAAAACAUCCUCUCCGGUCAAAUCAAAUCUUCUCAUGUAACAUGAACUG